CACACACACAUAUAUAUGUUACGUAAAGACGGAACUUCAAUUCUCCUCUCCUCCGCUUUGCCGACAGAUACAGAUAAACAUGAAGUUUUGGAAGAUUCUCAGGAAAUUGCUCGAUGAGAUGUUCCCCGAUUGGCAGGACAAGUUUAUUUCCUACAAGGAUUUGAAAAAGGAGCUCAAUUCCAUCUCUCCCAUGGAGGAUGAUGAAGGUGAGAGGCCGAGCAAACUGCGCAGGUUGGGAGACAAUCCAUCGGGCCAAGGGAAGGACGAGACGACACAUUUCGUCAAGCUCUUGGAAGCAGAGAUUAAGAAAUUUAAUGCCUUCUUCAUGGAUCAAGAGGAAGAAUAUAUCAUCAGAUUAAAGUUGCUGAAAGAUGAUGUUGCUGAGGCUGAGAAUUCGAAAGAAGAGCUUAUGAAAGCAGGAAGAAAGCUUGUAGAUUUUCACGGAGAGUUGAUCUUGUUGGAGAAUUAUAGUGCGCUUAACUAUACAGGGCUAUUGAAGAUUUUAAAGAAGUACGAUAAGAAAAGUGGCGACCUAAUUCGAUUGCCUUUCAUCCAGAAGGUUCUGCACGAGCCAUUCUUCAGGACGGAGGUUCUGAACAAACUAGUAAAGGAGUGCGAGAUGAUGAUCAACCGCAUCUUCUUGCAGCAUGAGCAGUUGGGCCCACAAGAAGACGCUUACAGUGAUCAGCUAGUGGAGAAGGAUUCUCAAAAACUCAGAGUUCCUGUAGAGCUUUCAGAUAUUGAAUGUAUGGAAAACAUGUAUUUAAGACUCACGGUAUCGGCCUUGAGGACCCUCAAGGAAAUCAGAAAGGAAAGCUCAACCGUUAAUAUAUUAUCUUUGCCGCCAGUGCAAGGCACUGAGUUUGAUGAUUUUGGGAAGUUCAGUCCAGUUGUAACGCAAGAAGCUAGGUGAAACGUGGAGUUGAAUCCAUCUACAUGUGAUCAGGUGUUUGUGAAAAGCAAGAAAAGUUUUGGACUUUGGUAUUAGAUUGUGUACUUUCAAUAAUGUAACUAAUUGUGGUGCGAGAAUAGAAGUGCAUAUGAUGAUAUUGCAGCAGCUUUCGUGUAUACAUAUUGUUAGAACUAUUUUGGACUUCGUUUCUCCUAACAUGGAACCAUUUCUGUUAUGAUUAUAUUUCGUGUAAUGUAGAAAAUCAAUGAUUCAUCCAUCAAA